AUGGUGUUCCGAGAUGGUAAGCCCACUGAACCUGAAUCUGAACUGCUCCCUUUUGCAGACCGAGAGAACUCUAGCGUAAACGCAACGCAGAAAUUCCAGCCACGUCCUCCUCUAAUGCCCCUUAACUCUUCUCUCCCAAUCUCAUCGACAGUUGUGCCGCCACCAACUACCAUGAAUCAGAGCACGGUGCCUAAGGUUGAGAAUGAGACUAGUGCCAAUGUUGCAGAUGUGACAUCCCAGAAACCCGUUCCAGAGUUCUCAAUCUUUGAUUUGACCAUCACCCAGGCCCUGAAGCACGUCUUCCUGAAUCAGCGUGAAGCCGCCCGAAUUAAGGAUGUCUUUCUAGGCACCGUGGCUCUCGAAAGACAGCCCGAAUAUCUGCCGAUUCGCGAAUACUUAGCCGAUGGAGAAUUUCCCCCUCGCCUGAUCACCCUUAAGAGCUCUGGCUUCUCCCAUCCCACCCCAUUCCCAGCCCUGAAUCCCAACGGCACCACCACCUUCCGACUGGUUGGUGACCAGAUGGGAAUUGGUCAGAACUUCAAACUGAACGGUGUGGGCAACAGUCUCGAUUUGGAAAAUGUCAUUCUCGUACUCGGAAGAGUCUACCUCCAAGCUCGCCGUUUCGGCCUGAUGGACUUGGUUUAUCGAAUUACCUUCAAGCUCCAAGUCGCCUGGAACUGCUACCCGGAGCUAUACCAAACCAAACCGCUCCUCGAGGUUGCUUCUGUUGCUUUCGAUGGGCGCAUCAAUUUUGACGAGGCUGACUGCGAUUAUCUCCAGUCAUGGCUCAUUCAUUUCAUCUCCGAGGCCUCAGAUUUACUCACAUACAACGCCAGCGAGCAGUUCUGGUCGUUGUUACGGACUCAUCCAAAACUCCAAGACAAAGUUCUCAAUCUGCGCAUGCUUGCUCACGUCCAUAACCCAGAGUUGUAUGGCAAUACCAGUGUGCUCCUCGAGAGCCGUGGUCUGGGAACCCGAUGA